GGUGUCCAAACUUUUUAUUUAUCAUUUACGUUUUGCCUGUUUAAUAAUCAUUUUUCUAAAAUCUAUAUAUGAAAACAUAAACAUGUUUUGGAUUGUUGCCUUAUUAAGAAAAAUAUCAUUUCUUCAUUUGUUGACUUGUAGUCGGGCCGAACAAACUCAUUUGAAGGGCAACAACUGGCCCCAGGCCACGAUUUGGACACCCAGUACAUUCAGUUAUGUUAUUAUUCGGUUUAUUAGUUGUCAUAAUUAAACAGACUGCAGCUCAGAGUUCAGAUUAGAGGCAGUUUUUCCCUCCGCCAGACUUUCUCAGGAAUGUUGGUCAGUGAGUGAAGCUCCGCCUCAGUCCGCCUCUGGUGCUCCGCUCCAGGUUUUCUGCCCUCCCGGCUCCUCCCCGGCGCUCCGCUCCAGGUUUCCUGCCCUCCCGGCUCCUCCCCGGCGCUCCGCUCCAGGUUUCCUGCCCUCCCGGCUCCUCCCCGGCGCUCCGCUCCAGGUUUCCUGCCCUCCCGGCUCUGUGUGGGUGUCAGUGAGCAGUGGAGCGGCUCAGACAGCAGCAGCGCUCUGGAGUUCCUCGUUGCUCGGCGGCAGCUGAAAGCGUUGAGGCGGCGGCGGCGCUCUGGUCCCAGGUGAAGCGGGGGGAGGAGCAGCAGCCCGGAGGGGUGGCCGCCAUGGCGGCCGGAGCGGAGCCGGGUCAGUGAGAAACAUCUGGAGCAUCAGGAUGCUGAUGGAGAGGGGAGCGCCUCAGAGGAAGACGGUGUACCGGAUCUCCCUGACGCUGGUGAAGAGGGAGAACCUGGGAGGGUCGCGGGAGGAGGCGGGGCGUGGGGGCGGCGUGCCGGAGGAGGAGGAGCCAGAGCCGGCGGCGGCUCAGGGCGGCAUCGUGAGGAGGUUCAGGACGUUCAGCAUGGGUCAGCUGGAGCUGGGCCGGCUCAGGGCGUCCCGCCGGGGGCAGCGCGACGAACCGCGGCCCGAAACCGCCGCGGCCAAGGUGAGGAGGCUCCUGAAGGCCCGCAGCAUGGAGGACCGGGGCCCGGCCCGGCCCGGGGCCCCCCCGAAGCCCGGCCUGCUGCAGCGCAGCUUCAGCUUCAGCGUCCGGACCCGGAUCAGCGGAGAGCUGCUGCGGCUCCGCGCCGCGUCUGGAGACGGGCUGCCGCAGGCCCCGCCCACCGCACGGGCCCCGCCCACCACCCCGCCCCCCAGCACCCGGGAGAAAAGCCGAACCCUGGAGAUCGGGGCCGUCCUCAGCAGGGCCGACUCGCUGGCCGAGCUGAGCCGUCAGGAGGCCGGCGCCGCCAAGAACCGCACGCUGGACAACAGCGACCUGCAGCGGCGGGACGCCCAGGGCGACGGCGCCACGCCGCGGGGGGACGACCGGCGGCUGGGACGCUUCUUCAGCGGGUUCUUCUCCAGGCCCGGCCCGGUCUGGAGCCCCGGGGCCGGCGGGUCGACGCGGCGCGACCGGGGCGGAGCCGACGACGCCUUCGUCAACAGCCAGGAGUGGACCCUCAGCCGGACCGUACCAGAACUCAAAGUGGGCAUUGUGGGUAAUCUGGCCAGCGGGAAGUCGGCGCUGGUCCACCGGUACCUGACAGGAACCUACGUCCAGGAAGAAGAGUCUCCUGAAGCUGACGUGGAUGCAGGAGGGCGCUUUAAGAAGGAGAUCGUGGUGGACGGCCAGAGUCACCUGCUGCUCAUCAGGGAUGAAGGAGGCCCCCCAGAGGCGCAGUUCGCUCUGUGGGUAGACGCCGUGGUGUUCGUCUUCAGCCUGGAGGAUGAGAUCAGCUUCCAGACGGUUUAUCACUACUACAGCCGCCUGGCGUCCUACAGGAACACCGCUGACCUGCCGCUGGUGCUGGUGGGAACCCAAGACGCCAUUAGCUCGUCCAACCCGCGGGUGAUCGAUGACAGCCGCGCCAGGAAGCUUUCCAACGAGCUGAAGCGCUGCACCUACUAUGAGACGUGCGCCACCUACGGGCUGAACGUGGAGCGCGUCUUCCAGGACGUUGCGCAGAAGGUCGUCGCCGUCAGGAAGAAGCAGCAGCUCUCCAUCGGACCCUGCAAGUCGCUCCCCAACUCUCCGAGUCACACGUCCGUCUGCGCCGCUCAGGUGUCCGCCGUCCACGUCAGCCAGACCAGUAACGGCGGCGGCAGUCUGAGCGACUACUCUUCGUCGGUUCCGUCCACGCCGAGCACCAGCCAGAAGGAGCUGCGCAUCGACGCGCCGCAGGCCGCCAACACGCCCACGCCCGUCAGGAAGCAGUCCAAACGCCGCUCCAACCUCUUCACCUCGAGGAAGGCCAGCGAUCCGGACAAAGAGAAGAAAGGUCUGGAGAAUCGGGCCGACAGCAUCGGCAGCGGGCGCGCCAUCCCCAUCAAACAGGGCAUGCUGAUGAAGAGGAGCGGCAAAUCCCUCAACAAGGAGUGGAAGAAGAAGUACGUGACGCUGUGCGAUAACGGCCUGCUCACCUACCACCCCAGCCUGCAUGACUACAUGCAGAACGUUCACGGGAAGGAAAUCGAUCUUCUGCGGACCACCGUUAAGGUUCCGGGGAAGAGGCCGCCGCGCGCCGUCUCAGCCUGCGGCGCCGGGUCCAACCAGAACGCCAACGGCCUGGUGAAGGACAUGAGCAAUGUCCAGCUGGGACCGGCCUCAGGCUCGGUGUCCAGCAGCACGUCGGCGUCCCAGAUGGCGAGCGGCGUCAGCCUGGUGUCCUUCAACAGCCGCGGCCUGGAGGGCCUCCACCAGCGCUCCUACUCCGUCUCCAGCGCCGACCAGUGGGCCGACGCCACCGUCAUCGCCAACUCUGGAGUCGGCACAGACACCGGUUUGGGUGACUCAGUCUGCUCCAGUCCCAGUAUCCAGUACCACCAGUCCAAGAUGGAGCCUCCCCCAUCACCGCACGCCAACCGCAAGAAGCACCGGCGGAAGAAGAGCACCAGCAACUUCAAGGCGGACGGCUUCUCUGGUACUGCAGAAGAACAAGAGGAGAACUUUGAGUUCACCAUCGUGUCGCUGACGGGUCAGACGUGGAACUUCGAGGCCACGUCGUACGAAGAGCGGGACGCCUGGGUCCAGGUCAUCGAGAGCCAGAUCCUGGCCAGCCUGCAGUCCUGCGAGAGCAGCAAAACAAGGUGACCCUCUCGUCUGACCAGCCAGUCGGAGGCGCUGGCGCUGCAGUCCAUCCGGAGCAUCCGGGGCAACGGGCGCUGCGCCGACUGCGACGUACCGAACCCAGACUGGGCCAGCCUCAACCUGGGCGCUCUGAUCUGCAUCGAGUGCUCUGGGAUCCACCGGAACCUGGGGACCCAUCUGUCCCGGGUCCGGUCCCUGGACCUGGACGAGUGGCCGCUGGAGCUCAUCAAGGUGAUGUCGGCCAUCGGCAACGAGCUGGCCAAUAGCGUGUGGGAGGCCAACGCCCAGGGCCGCCUCAAACCGGGGGCGGACGCCAGCAGGGAGGAGCGUGAGCGAUGGAUCCGGGCCAAGUAUGAGCAGCGUCUGUUUGUGGCGGCGCUGCCCGGCGCCGACCCGCCUCUGGGCCAGCAGCUGCUCCGCGCGGCGGCGGAGGAGGACCUGCGCGGCGUGGUGCAGCUGCUGGCCCACGCCUCCCGCCAGCAGGUCAACGACACGUCGGGCGACGGCUGCUCGCCGCUGCACCUGGCCGCGCACAAGGGCAACGUGGUUCUGCUGCAGCUGCUGGUCUGGUACGGCGCCGACCUGACGGCGAGGGACGCCCACGGGAACAGCCCCAUGGCGUACGCGCGGCAGUCCGGCAGCCAGGAGUGCGUGGAGGUUCUGGCCCAGUACGGCGGCGCCGACGAGCGCUACGCCCUGAUGACCACGCCCAACCUGCCGCGCCGCAACGCCAACCGCAACAACAGCUGCAGCAGCCUGGGCAGCAGCCUGGGCAGCAGCCUGGGCAGCGCCGCGCUCAUUUGACCCAGAGCAUGAUGGGAAACGGGUCUCUUACCUCAUCGGCCAAUCAGAAUCCAGGAACACAACACGACGAGAGGAGAACCCACCAGAACCAGGCCCGGUGGGACGGGAGCUUAGACUGCGUUAGUUAAGGAGUUUGCCUCUGCUGAGAGUGUGUGUGUGUGUGUCAGAGUGUGUGUGUGUGUGUGUGUCAGUGUGUGUGUGUGUGUCAGAGUGUGUGUGUGUGUGUGUCAGAGUGUGUGUGUGUGUGUGUGUGUC